AUGAUUCUGCCAGCAGCGUUCCUGUGUCUCGCAGCUAUGCUGCCUCAAUCUGCUGGAGAGGUACCUGCAACUUUUGAUGUUCUGUCAACUAGCAAAGCAGAUCAGCAAAAGCUGAUUGUUGAAAAGCACAACGCCCUGAGAAGAGGAGUAAACCCGCCUGCCAGCAACAUGUUGAAGAUGGAAUGGAGUCCUGAAGUUGCAAAAAAUGCCGAAAUUUGGGCAAAUAAAUGUACUUUAAGCCACAGUCCUGCAACCAUGAGGAAAAUCAACGUAACCUGUGGUGAAAACCUCUUCAUGUCACCUGACGCUUUCUCAUGGCCAAGUGCUAUUCAGUACUGGUAUGAUGAGGUGAAAGAUUUCAAAUAUGGCACUGGAGCAACAAGAAGAGGUGCUGUGGUUGGCCAUUACACUCAGGUGGUUUGGUACAAGUCUUAUCAAGUUGGAUGUGCAGUUGCUUUCUGUCCUGAGACUACUUAUAAAUACUUUUAUGUCUGCCAGUACUGCCCCGCGGGGAAUAGAAUAGAUUUACUUGGAACACCCUACAAAGAAGGAAAUCCUUGUGGUGAUUGUCCUAAUGAUUGCGACAAUGGACUAUGCACCAACCCUUGCAAGCAUGUGGAUGCUUAUAGCAACUGUUCUGGCUUGGCAAAAUCUUUUGGAUGUUCCCGUAGCUUUGUUAAGCUGAAUUGCCCUGCUACCUGCCAAUGCAAAACUGAAAUAAAGUAA